UCCAUGCUGAGGAGUCGGCUGCUGCUUGUGUAAGCACAACUGUUCCUCCUCCCGUCCUGCUGCUCUGCGGCUGAGAGGAAGAGGGAGCUGCCUGGUGGCCUCACAGCCUACCCUCUGCUGCAGCGGUAUGCCUGGAUCAGCUACAGCUAUCCGACAAGAGAGACUGAAGAAGACCAAUGCAAGGCCAAUUCCCCUUGGUUUAUUCACCAUUAAUGAGGAAGAUGAACAGCAAAAGAAUGGAAAUUCCGGAAGACAGAAAGCGCCUGACAGCUAUAAAGUGCAAGAUAAGAAAACUGCCUCCAACCGCCUCUCCUCUGCAACUUUGGGACAAAAUAGCAACCACUCAGGAAAUAAACCAGACCCUCCGCCUGUGCUACGGGUUGAUGACCGGCAGCGGCUGGCCCGGGAGCGACGUGAGGAACGAGAAAAACAGCUAGCUGCAAGAGAAAUAGUCUGGUUAGAAAGAGAAGAGCGUGCCCGGCAGCACUAUGAAAAGCACCUGGAAGAGCGAAAGAAGAGGUUGGAGGAGCAGAGGCUGAAGGAGGAGCGGAGGAGGGCGGCCGUGGAGGAGAAGCGGAGGCAGAGACUCGAGGAGGACAAGGAACGCCAUGAAGCUGUCGUGCGGCGUACGAUGGAAAGGAGCCAGAAGCCAAGGCAGAAGCAUAACCGGUGGUCCUGGGGAGGCUCUCUCCAUGGGAGCCCCGGCAUCCACAGCGCAGAUCCAGACAGGCGGUCAGUUUCCACCAUGAAUCUUUCGAAACAUGUUGAUCCCGUCAUUAGCAAGCGGCUCUCCUCCUCAUCUGCAACUUUACUAAAUUCUCCAGAUAGAGCUCGCCGCCUGCAGCUCAGCCCAUGGGAGAGCAGCGUUGUUAACAGACUCCUGACGCCCACACAUUCGUUCCUGGCCAGAAGUAAAAGCACAGCCGCCUUGUCUGGAGAUGCAGCAUCUUGCAGCCCCAUCAUCAUGCCCUACAAAGCUGCACACUCUAGAAAUCCGACAGAUCGACCAAAACUCUUUGUAACACCACCUGAGGGCUCUUCGCGCAGGAGGACCAUUCAUGGCACAGUGGGCUAUAAAAAGGAGAGAGAGAGAGAAAAUGUACCCUUCCACCUUACAUCUGGCAUCCGAAGGGCUCUAUCUCCAUCCAAUCCCAAAGCAAGAUCACCAGCUCCCUCUCGCCUGUGGCUCCCGUCCAAGUCCUUUCCUCAUUUGCCUGGCACACCCAGACCAGCCUCCUCCUUGCCCCCCGGCUCGUUCAAAGCUGCCCCUGCUCAGGUCCGGCCCCCGUCCCCCGGCAACAUCCGCCCUGUCAAGAGAGAAGUCAGAGUGGAGCCUGAGAAAAAAGAGCCUGAGAAGGAACCUCAGAAAGUUGCCAAUGAGCCCUCACUAAAGGGCAGAGCACCUUUAGUGAAGGUAGCAGAAGCCACCGUUGAAGAGAGGGCACCUGUCGAACCAGAGGCCGACCCUGCUGCUCCAGUUGUGGCCCCAACUCCAGAUUCAGCCCCAGCUCCGGCCUCUGUCCCCGCCCCAGCCUCGGUCCCAGCGCCAUCAUCCGCUACUGCCAGUGCUUCUCCCAAGACUUCCGCAGGCACCACCGACCCAGAAGAGGCCACAAGGCUACUAGCUGAGAAGAGGCGGCUGGCCCGAGAGCAGAGAGAGAAGGAGGAAAGGGAGAGGAGGGAACAAGAAGAGCUGGAAAGACAAAAGAGGGAGGAAUUGGCUCAAAGGGUGGCUGAAGAGAGAACCCGCCGCCGUGAGGAAGAGUCCCGACGGCUAGAAGCUGAGCAGGCCAGGCAGAAGGAGGAGCAGCUGCGCCGGCAGGCAGAAGAGCGAGAACAGCGCGAGCGGGAGGAGACGGAGCGCGCCCAGAGACAGAAAGAAGAAGAAGAAGCUCGUGUUCGUGAAGAAACAGAGAGGGUCCGGCAGGAACGAGAGAAGCAUUUCCAGAGAGAAGAACAGGAACGCCUGGAGAGGAAGAAGCGACUUGAGGAGAUUAUGAAAAGAACCAGGAAAACAGAAGCUACAGAUAAGAAAACGAUUGAUCAGAGAAACGGUGAUAUAGCCAAGGGAGCUCUCACUGGAGGAACAGAGGUAUCUGCACUUCCAUGUGUGACAAACUCCCCAGGAAAUGGAGAGCCAGUGACCAGCCCACAUGUGGUUGCCUCACACCAAUCAAAAGUGACCGUGGAGAGCACUCCCAAUUUGGAAAAACAACCAAAUGAAAAUGGAGUAACUGUUCAGAAUGAAAAUUUUGAAGAAAUUAUAAACUUGCCCAUUGGAUCUAAACCAUCCAGAUUAGACGUCACCAACAGUGAGAGCCCAGAAAUUCCUUUGAAUCCAAUUUUGGCCUUUGAUGAUGAAGGGACACUUGGGCCCCUGCCUCAGGUAGAUGGUGUUCAAACACAACAGACCGCAGAAGUGAUAUGAGCAUUUCUUCUGAAGAACCAAAGCUGUCAAGGAGCAUCUCCCCUCCUCCAGUUUUCUAAAGAUUUCGUGACCAUCGUUUUAAAAAGAAUUUAUUAAAACCAGCUAAAGACAACAGACUGGGUAGCUUUUCUAAUAUUCAUCAACAGAAAGAAAGAAAUGCUCCUCAUUUUCCAAUACUUUAGAACAGCUUUUUCUGGUGUGCUCCUUCUUAGCAAAUCAAUAUUUUUCUGCAUUCUUUAAAAGACAAGAGCAUUUGGCUAUAAAAGAAAUGGGCUGACUAGGCAUGAUUUUUUUCACAUAGAUAUUUUGGUCUUAAGCUUAACAUGUAAAAUUGGCAAAAAAAAAAAAAAAUUACCUUUGACAAUAUAAUACUUGAAAAAUAAGUACCUCUUUGCUCUACAAGUAGAAUGAAUAGGGGAGGUGUUUGAGCCUGUUUGUUUAAAUAUUGCAAAGAGCUCUAUUUGUAGAAGCAAGUUAUAGGCAGAUUACCAGGUUCUUAUAAAUGCAACUUGUACAUGGACAUUCUGCAAACCCAGCUGUCACAGUCUUCUUGCAACUCCUUUUGCAAACAUAUACUAAAGAGUUUUAAAAUGUGAAAAGACAUUAUUUUUCAGAGCAAGGAAAUAAUUUACUGUCCUCUUAAAUAAUGUAUUUAUAAAGCUUUUCCAGGUAAACUAAUCAAAUAAAUUAGAACAAUGCGACGACAUUGCAAAUUUGAUUUCUUAGAUGAAUUCCUUCUAAUGUUACCAUGAGAGAAUGUUGCUGAUGAUUCAGGGCUAUUUCUGAAGUCUGUAUGUUGCUGCUGUCCCCAGUGAUGGUGGGACUUAUCUUUGCCUUACCUGAUGACAAAUUAUGUGGGGGGGAAAUAAAGAUUUAAUAUUUCUUUAAAUAAAAAAAGAAUUUGGUUUUGCUCGUUUAAGAGCAAUGAAAAAAUGAUGGAAUGUCGACUGUGUUUGGUGCACAGGACACGGACCUUCAUGGAAUCCUCAUUCUGCAAAGCAUCCAUCAGCUCUUCAUCUUUCAUUCUUGUUCUCCACCUUUGCUGCUGAGCCUAGCUGUACAAACUUGCACUUUUAUUUGCUAAUAUAAAUUCAAUUUUAUUUUACCAUUUUAGAGAUUACUAAUGAUUACAUGUAGAAGAGGGAACACGUGUUUUUAUGUGGAGCAUUUAAAAAGAUAAAUUUAUACAUUAUAAUGUAUUGGUUUUAUUAAAAGAAGGAUUGGUUAAUCUG